UAAUGUAGAGCAGUGGGAGGGCACAGUUUCGGGUUUUGACUGCAGUCAGCUGCGUGCGUCACGUUUUGACUCGAGGAGCGAGGACAUGUGUGGACGGUUGUCCCCGACAGCCUCUAAGCAGCAGCAGAACAAGGCAUGGCUGGGACACCUUUCCGGGCCACCUACAUCUGGACCAGCAUCAUUUCUAACCUCCAGUCUCAAGUGGAGGUGAAGCACAGACGCCACAACCUGAAGUCGUACCCUGACUGUUUCCUGGGGUCAGAGGCCGUGGAUGUGGUGCUGACCUAUAUCACUCUGAACGGCUUCUUUGGGGAUGCGGCGGUGCCGCGGCACAAGGCGGUCAGUCUUUGUCAGUGCCUUAUGGACUCAAAGGUAUUUGAGCCGGUGGGUGUUAAAGGGUUUGGAAAAGAGAAGAAGAAACCCAAAUUUGAGGACAGCAGCUGCAGUUUGUACAGGUUUUUUAAUCCGGAGACGACAACCUCGACAGGUGCGACUGACAUCAACUCCCAGUCUACAGAUAUCAAUGAGCAUGCCCGUGGCUCACCAAACGGGAACCAGAAGAGGUGCGACUAUUCUCCAUCAUGUGAAAGGGAAGAGGUGCCGACUUAUUCCACCCACUCUCCGGUGAAACGAGUCAAAUUACUGGAGGACGUGUUGGAAAACCUCGACAUGACCUUGACCAUCACCCCUCAGUUGAUAAACCUGGGCCUCUCACAGCAGUGUUUGUGUGAAGUGUGGCACCAGCAGGCCGUGUCCAGGCUGCUGCAGCUCAUCGAGCUCCCUCUGUUGGAGGACUUGUUAGAUGGUGAGGUUGCAUCACGGCCACCUCUUCAUGGAUCUAGCAGCAACCCGGAGCUGUUGUACUCACCAAACUACCUUGACAGAGAAGUUCUGAAAGCAUUCGGUGAAGCUCAGGCUGAUGAGUGGAUGACGGGGGCGUUGGACUGCCUUGAGUUCCUCCCUGAUGACCUGGUGGUGGAGGUCAGUCGGGGUUUGUCUAGCUGCACCCACGACCUGCUCCAGUGUAAAAAGCUGCUCUAUCAGGUCCUCGUUGAGCAUUACGGACAAAUACAAAAACCACCCCUGCUCAACAACUGCUUUUUUGAUAUCUACUCCGGCAUCUCGGAACUACUCGUGAAUGGGAAGAUGGAGCGUGCUCUAGAGGCGCUGCAGCUGAGCGUGAAGCUGCAGGACUCUCGCAGCAGAGAAGAGCUGAGGAGGCUCCUGAGAUUCAUGGUGACUGCAGCCAAACCGCAGGAGAUGAAAGUGCACAAAGAGAUUGAGAACAGAAUAGCAGUGAAAAGGGCUUUCUCCAGCGCCAUCAUCUACAACAGGAGGCUGCCCAAAGGAAAGGCGGGCUUGAUGGUUCUGUUCAUGAUGGAUAACUACAGUGAUCUGUUCAAAAUUCCUCUCUCGCUGCACAAGACGGUCAGUGAGCGAAUAAGAAAUAUUGUGAAUGGGACAAAUCCAGAUGUGGUAACAGGUAUAACAUACAACUUGAGAGUUGGAGCUUUGGCGUAUUCAGAAAGUUCACAGAAAACCACCAAAGAAGAGAUUAUUUCCCUGAUUCAGAUGGUGCAAGAGAGCCCCAAAUUUUCUGCAAAAGACAAGAAACAGCUGCUGGGACAGAUAUCCAAAACUCACACUGAGAUUUUUGUUAAGUACUUCGGAAAUAAAUUAUCUAAUGUCAACAUGUUGCUACUUUAAUAUUUAUUACCGGUAGUUUAAAAAAAACUCAUGUACUGUAUGUAAAAAAAAAAAAAAAAAAAAAAAAGAUAAGAACAAAUGUAGCUACUACUGAGAAAAGAAUGCAAUUUUUUUUAUUAAGCUUUGUAAUUUAAGCUUUGGUGCAGGACACUAAAACAAAAUUUAAAGAAAUGUAUUCUUGAGUUUAUUUCCUCAAAAAGGGAAGGAAAACAGAGAGAAUUUUUCAUUUGGUCUUCUUUUGGUUAUUAGUGGAUGUGUUUUGGAGGAAAUUAGUGUGUUUCAUGUAGACUUGUCAUGCUCACUGUGAUGCACGUUGUAGCAGUAAGUGGAAGAUUGAAGCUGGAAAUGUGAACGCCUGGAAUACUGAGUCUUUCAUCAGCCAUGUUGCACCAAAGCAGAUGUUUGGAGUUUUUAAUUUAAGCUAAAAAGUUUAGUCAUGUUUUAGUGGCACGUUCAAUGUUCUGUUUUAAAUGAGCUUGUAAUCCUCCCAACCCGCAGAGGAAAUGACUUCCAUGUUUUCUCCAGGUUUUAAAACGACGAACAUCUUGUUUGUAUUUUCAUCUGUGAAGUUCGACUGGAACUUUCACGUGUGUACUCAGAAAACACAUGGCAUCUGGUAUGUCACGAGCGUAGUUGGCUUCAACAAUUUAUUUAUUUAAAAAAUGAAGUAGCAUAACUGUAAACUUUUUUAAAAAGUUUGAAAUGAAUUAAACUUAUUUCUGUGAAAUAAAAAAUAAACAUAUUAAAGCAAGAAACCUUUCUGAUGCUUGAACACAUAGUUUAGCAUUCGUCUUUAUACUUCAGUAACGUUCAGAUUUUCAAUGCUGAUCUGAAAAACCUGCAUGUUUCAGUGUAUAUAUUAUUGUCAGAAGUACUUUACUUUCUAUUUAGUUAUUUUCUAGUGGGGAAAAUAAAGAUGGCACAACAUAGCUAAA